GACUGAAAAUGUCCCUAAGUAUGUUUGUAAUUCCACUUUUACUGCUUACAACUGCAGUGCAAAGAGGAGUCUCAUUCAACGUUGGUUACGUCACAAUGCCAUUGUUUGAAAUGUUAGUCAAAGACCUCCCUCAAGAUGAAAGUGAGAGUGCAGAUGAUUAUACUGGUGGUGCAUUGGUAACUGCAUUUUAUGCCAAAGUGAGGACUCUUGAUGUCUGGAGAGCAAGUACCCUUGGAUUGGACGUGAUUCUUAGAGAUAAAGCAACAACCAUCAUCACAGAUGCUAAAGUGCAGUUUGAAAGAGGAGCACUCGUCACUGAAAAUCUCGUGGGUUACAAUUGUACCCGUUAUUGCUACAAUGUAAGUGUAGCAACGAUCUUGAGUGCAACCGGCUGGACUGAAGAUAGGUUAGAUGGUAAAGUUGAACCGAUUGUUCGAAUGGGAGAUAUUCAUGGUGCACUUGUGAAAGCCAUUGAAGAAAGAUUCUGCUGUAAUAUGACCGAGAUUGCAAUUCUAUUGGGUCUUGACCCUGUAACAGGUGUCCAGCAAACGGCAGCUGAUAUUAAUGUUUGGGAAAGUUUUGUGCCUCAUGUUAACGAACAAACUAUUCAAUGUAAGGCUGAUGAAUUGCAAGUGACCACCUCGGAAUUGGCAGAACUCCUACGCACAGAUCUGGCAACACUUCGUAGUUAUGAUCUUAACGAAAUGGACCUGCACUUUUUCCCGGCGUAUGAAGAUCUUCUUCGUCGAAAGAACUUGUUUGAAACACGGUCGAUCCUUACAGGAGGCCUUUUCGCCAAUUGGCAAAGUAGCACUAUGGCACACUUUGCUAACAGCGUCAGUCAGUUUUCUCCUCGUGAUCUACAAAUAUUAUAUCGAUGGCAAGCACCUCAACUCUUUGCAAUUGAAAACAUUCCAAUGUCGAUCUUUCAGUCUGGUUGUACGACUGUAUCACUAACUGAUUCUUUAUUCGUCCUGUCGCAAACUUUGUUUGGCCAUUCAACCAACUUGCCAAAUUGUGAUGUUGCUUUCCUUUUAUCAAGAUCUUUUGACGAAGUUAGCACGAAGUUCACUAUUUCUUCUCUAUCCACUCAAAAUGUUUUGGAGAUCUUUCGCACAUCUAGUGGAAAACCCAGCUGGUUUGAUAUCUACCAACUACUCCAGCUUAAUGUUGAUGAAGGGAUUUGGGUAGAAUCUCCAACUUUGUCUCAAGUUGCUCUAUUUCGUGGAAUAGCGUUAAAUAGUCUCACAGCACAAAGUUCAAUUCCAAUUGCCAUAUCAAACAUCAAGACUUUUAAUACAAGUUCAACUCUCAACACCAUCAUGACUGCUAACUAUAAUUCAUUUUUAUCGACAUUGCUCAAUACAUACGGCUACACCACUUCUGGUUUGGCCCUAGCAGCUGGUAUUACUGUGUCGCAACUAAAUUCCUUAACAAUUCAAGGAGCACACAAUUUAGUUAUUGACUCCAUUCAAGCAAGAUACAGGAUAAAUGACGUGGCAUCUCUUCUUGGUAUCAACACACAUGUUCUUAUUAGUCUACCAUCGUUUGAGUGGCAGAGAGUUGUGACAGCAUCUAUUCAAAAUGCUUUUGCACAGUCUGCCGAUGCCUACUCGGUAUUUCUCAGUGCAGGAGGUGUACAAAUUGCAACCAUUGCAGGAGGUUUCUCCGCUAUUCAAGUUUCAGACUCCGUAACAUAUCACGCAGAUAGAAUCACACCAACAGAACUGGCCACCUGCUUGAACAGACAAUUGUCCGAUAUUUACGCUAUGUCUUUUGCCCAGUACCAUCAAUUUCACACCAAUAACAUUGUAACCCUGUUGCGGAAUAAAUUACGGUAUGAAACGCAGACUAUGGACGUUUUGCUCACGUCCAUUGCCCAGGAUUUUGAAGAUGUGAAGUCUAGCACUGUGGCCCAAGUUAUCACUUUACUGACAGGCAUGACGAUUGAAAACGUACAAUGCUUGUACGGUUGGAACACUACAUUUGUCAACACAGACCUUGCUUUAACGUUCCAGAAUGCAAAUGAAACUCGUCUCUGCAACGAUUUUCUUGGCCGAACUAUGUUUGAUAUCGUCAGAAUUAUCUCCCAAACUCCAAAUAAAAUAUGCUGUAAGUAUUUGACGAAUUUUAAAUAUUUUUAG